UCUGAAUUCGACGAAAUCGACAAACCUCUGAAUCUCGCUAAUUUCUUGGGUCUAAGAAUUCAAAAUCAGAUAGAUCGUUUGUACGAAGAUCUUCUCAACUUUGAUUUGAACAAGAAAAUCGAUAAUCUGACUCAAUUACUGUUGUUUUGAUUUGGUGGUUGUAUCAAUGAACGAUCAGUCUCAGAUGAUGAAUCAGCCUCAAAUGAUCAAUCCGCCGCCGCAGAUGAUGAUGAAUCCACCUCAGGGAAUAGGUCAGCCACAGAUGAUGAAUCGGAGUUACGGUAUGUGGCCUCCGCCUCCUCAGACAUCUAUGGAUAUGAUGAAGUUUCCAAAUCCAAUGACACAAGGAUUCAUUUCUCAAAACCCUAUGAAACCUCGGAAUUGGCUGGGGAAGAAAGGGAAUAACGAUAAGCGAAAAGACGUCAGGAGGAAAGAUAUGCCACCAAUGUCCGGCGGCGGCGGUGGAGGCGGUGGAAGCAGUUCCGGAUAUCAGCCUCCUGCGCUGGCUGAUUUACAAAAUCAAAACCGUUUGAAAGCUCGUAGGUUUUAUCCCAAGAAGAAGUACAACAGAUACGUCCCGUUCGCUCCAAGAAACACAACUUCAUUCAUCAUUCGAGCUAAGAAAUCAGGCGGUAUCGCAGACCUUGUUUCGCCGUGUCCAGUGACACCCGCAGUUCUUCCCACGCCUAAUUUCUCGCCAUCCAGGGAGAUUCUUGGCGAUAUGGCGAAGGAGGAAUGGGGAGUUGAUGGUUAUGGAUCGAUGAAGGGAUUAAUCAGGCUUCGAUCGCCAGGUCACGAGGCUGAAUUAGUCAACGAAGAUGAUGAAGAAGAUGACGGUGGGUCGAGUGAGAGUGAUGUGGAGGAGCAUCUUGAAGUAGAAAGGAGAUUGGAUCAUGAUUUGAGUCGUUUUGAGAUGAUAUAUCCAAACUAUGGAGUUGAUUACAAUAAUAAUUUGUUGGAGAAUCGUGUUGAUGAUCAAGAUACCCAUAUAGCUCAGUUGGAAGAAGAGAAUAUCCUUUUAAAGGAGAGGCUGUUUUUGAUGGAAAGGGAGAUGGGGGAUUUGAGGAGGAGAAUGCUGCGUCUAGAAAGUUCUAAGCGGAAACAAACAGCUCCGGCUGAGGAGAUUAAUGAGGAGGUUGUGGAUAGUGUUUCGGAAAACGAAAGUGAGGAUAGGUAUAGGGAUAGAGAUGAAAUUGACAACAAGAUUGGAAUGAAAUCGGAGGUUGAGUUUCACGAGGAUAUUCGUGCUGAAGAAUUAGCUGAGAAACAACAAACUGAAAUGAAUGAUGAACCUGAAAAAGAAAGUAGAGAAGUAGAAAUUGGUUUGAACAAAGAAGAUGGGCUCGAAAACAGUUCAAAAGAAGUUGAUGUUGCUGAUAUGAUGAAGGUGGACGAAGAACAAGACUAAGAGGCGGAGAAGGAGAAGGAGAAGAUGUUUGCGAUUAUAUUGUUAAUCAUCAUCUAAGUAUCGUGUUUGGAUAUAUCUGUUUAUUAUUACUAUUGCUACUUAUAUGCAUGCCUGAUUUAGCAUGUCUUACUUUGCUGAUUCAUUCAUGCUUUUCUUCCCAAUCCCAACUAUUAUGAUCAUCUUGAAGAUUCUGACUGAA